AAGACCAUCCACACAAAUAAUUAUUUCUUUAAUAGAAUCUCUCUUUUAAAGUGUAUCUCAAUUGGAUCUUUUAUUUUUCUAAAAUUGGCAUUAUUAUUGGUUGAUUGUUUUAGUUAUUGUUAUACUUCUAAAUUUAGAAAAUAAUUUUGAUAUAUUUAGUACGUAUUUAUCGGACGUAUCAGGUUGUCCUGCAAUCAACCUAGUAAAUUGUAGCUGUCUACUUUUUUUCAUUUUGUAUUUCUAGAGCCUUGCAAGUUACCGCUGAGUUGAGCAUUUUAGAAAAGGUAACUCGGAUUCACACUCUCUCCCUGAAAGAAGGAAAAACAGUAGUGCUCACAGACGACGCAGUCGCAGUAAUGGCGAUCCCAAUCCCCUCUCGUCAGCUCUUCAUCGACGGCGAGUGGAAGCUACCCGUCAAGGGAAAACGCUUGCCCAUCAUCAACCCCGCCACCGAGGAGACCAUUGGUGAUAUUCCGGCAGCCACCAGCGAAGAUGUUGAACUUGCGGUGGAUGCGGCGCGGAGAGCACUCGCCUGGAAAAAAGGGAAAGAUUGGGCUACUGCUCCUGGGGCUGUUCGUGCUAAGUACUUACGGGCUAUUGCUGCUAAGAUAAAAGAGAACAAGUCUGUACUGGCAACACUUGAAUCACUUGAUUCUGGGAAGCCCAUGGAUGAAGCGGCUUGGGAUAUGGAUGAUGUUGCUUCAUGCUUUGAAUACUAUGCUGACCUUGCUGAAGGCUUAGAUGCAAAGCAGAAGGCUCCUGUUUCUCUCCCCAUGGAAACAUUUAAAAGUUAUGUUCUAAAGGAGCCCAUUGGGGUUGUUGGGUUAAUUACUCCAUGGAACUACCCGCUCUUAAUGGCCACGUGGAAAGUGGCACCUGCCCUGGCUGCUGGCUGCACUGCAAUACUGAAGCCGUCUGAAUUGGCCUCUGUGACCUGUUUGGAGCUGGCUGAAGUGUGUAGAGAGGUGGGUCUUCCACCUGGCGUCCUCAAUAUUUUGACUGGGUUGGGCCCUGAAGCUGGUGCUCCUUUGGCAUCUCAUCCUUUUGUAGACAAGGUUGCUUUUACUGGAAGCAAUCCUACAGGAAGUAGGGUCAUGGCCGCUGCAGCUAAAACCGUUAAGCCUGUUACAAUGGAGCUUGGGGGAAAGAGCCCAAUUCUUGUAUUUGAGGAUGUUGACAUUGAUAAGGCUGCUGAAUGGGUUGCUUUUGGUUGCUUUUGGACAAAUGGUCAAAUCUGCAGUGCAACGUCUCGUCUCCUUUUGCACGAAAACAUUGCAGCUGAAUUUCUUGACAAACUUGUGAAAUGGACCAAAAAUAUCAAGGUUUCAGAUCCCUUUGAAGAAGGUUGUAGGCUGGGUCCUAUUGUUAGUGCAGGGCAGUAUGAGAAGAUAUUGAAGUUUAUCUCCACUGCUAAAAGUGAAGGUGCUAAUAUUUUGUGUGGUGGGAAUCGUCCUCAGCACCUAAAGAAGGGAUUCUUUGUUGAACCAACCAUUAUAGCUGAUGUAUCUACCUCCAUGCAAAUUUGGAGAGAGGAAGUUUUUGGACCUGUUUUGUGUGUUAAAACAUUUACUACUGAAGAUGAAGCCAUUGAACUAGCAAAUGACUCCGACUAUGGCUUAGCUGCUGCUGUGAUUUCAAAAGAUCUGGAAAGGUGUGAACGGGUGACAAAGGCUUUUAAUGCAGGAAUUGUGUGGAUCAACUGCUCACAGCCUUGCUUUUGUCAAGCUCCAUGGGGAGGCAACAAACGUAGCGGCUUUGGGCGAGAGCUGGGUGAAUGGGGGCUUGAGAACUACUUGUCUGUGAAGCAAGUCACUCAGUACAUCUCUGACGAGCCGUGGGGGUGGUACGCUUCUCCUUCAAAGCUGUGAAAAAUCCCUUGGAAGCAGGAACAGAAAAAAAUCGCCAAUACUCCAAAAUAGAAGAGGAAAUAAGACUCGAUGUUUUAUCUAAAGCUUUAUGAUGAUUUGUGGUUUAUAAGCAUUAGUAGUUGAUAAUGGUUGCACUAAGCCUCUUGAUAGGUCAUAGCGUGUUAUUACAUGUAUCAAGUAUUGUAACCAGUACAGGGCGUAGAGCUUAAUCAGGCCAUCAACCUCAUGCAUCGGUUGUACAAUUUUGCAUUUGGUUCCCAACCUGAUUAAGCAUAAUCCGGCCAGACCCUUGAUGUUGUGCAAAAACCAUUUUAUCGAAUGUACUUCUGUUUUGUAGUCA